AUGGGUUUCGGUGAUCGUGGUGGAGGCCGUGGAGGCUUUGGUGGUGGCCGUGGAGGUGGCCGUGGAGGCUUCGGAGGUGAUCGUGGUGGCCGUGGAGGUGGUCGUGGUGGCUUUGGUGACCGUGGUGGUCGCGGCGGUGGUCGAGGUUUGUUACUCCAAUUUCCUUGGCCCUUCAGACAAUGCACUUUGUAUUAUUGGCAACAAUGA